AUCAUCAAACACUUCUUCGAUUACAAACAACCACAACAACAACAUCAAUAAUCAAACGAUUCUGUCAUCAACAUCUUUAGGUAAAGAUACUAAUCAUAAUCAUCGUCGUAAUAGUAUAGUGUCUGAAUCAUUACAUCAACGUAUCAGUAAUCAUAAUCUAAAUAAUAACGCCGGACAACGCCCACCACCACCACCACCAAUACCACCAUUUUCAUCCACAUUAUUAUCACCAUCAACAUUUUUAGAUAAUUUAUUAUCAAACUUUACAAAUGCUUCUUUACCAAUGUCAAUAGAAUUGGCGCCAUUAGCAUUAGCAGCUAUACAACAACAACAACAACAACAAAACAAUCAUCAUCAUCAUCAUUCACAACAUAAUCAACAAUUACACCGUGAUCUAAUGCAACAUUUACUUCCGUUUGCAGCAUCUAAUUGUACACCCAUACAACCACCAUCAUCAUCAUCAUCAUUGCCGCCACUUCCACUUCCAAUUCGUACAUCAUCAUCGUCAUAUUUUCCAUCUUCAUUGAACAACGGCAAUAUCAAUAAUAAACCAUUAUUGAUGCGUUCACCAAUGGAUCUGGUGCUACGUUGUUCAACACCAAAUUGUCUUUGUGAAUGUUUUACACCAGGAAAACCAUUGAUGCGUCAUUGUGCACAUUGUAAUCAUGGUUGGAUAGCACAUGUGAUGGAACGAUUAAAUCUGGAUAAAUUACUUAAAUAUGGUCCAACAGCAUCAUCAUUGGCUGCGGCAGCAGCAGCAGCAACAGCGGCAGCCGCCGCCGCAACACAGAAUAUACCAGGAUUUCCUCAUACAACACCACCUGGUGGCGGUGGUGGUGGCACAAAUACAGCCACCGGUACUGGAAAUACAUUAUUCGACAUAGCAUCAUUAAUGUUGUUUGGUACACAUGCAUUACCGAUACGUUUGAAAAUAUUAUUGGAUCGUUUAUUAUGUACACUUGAACAUGAUGAAUUAGUUAAUCUGUUACAUGCAUUCGGUUGGACAUAUGAUGAUUAUUCACGGGGAUAUAUGCUACAGGAUUCAAUCGGUAACAUUCUAACCAAAUGGAUAAUCGUAUCAAAAGAAGAGGAAAUCUAUAUUAUACAAUUAUUUCUAAAAUUUCCGGAAACAAAAAUGAUUGCACAGAAUUUUGUUAUGAAUGAAUCGAUGAUGAUGUCAACGGUACCAUCAUCAUCAUCAUCAUCAACAACAGCAACAACAACAAUGAAUAAUUCCAUAACAUCACAAUACUCAACACCUUCACCACUACCACCACCACCACAAAUAUCACCAUCAUCAUCAUCAUCAUCAUCAUCAACAACAACAACAACAACUACAGCAAUCAAUUCAACAAUAACAACAGAUUCAUUAUCAUUAAUGGUGAAUGAUAGUGCAAUAUUUAAUAAUCAUCAAAAUAUUAUUCAUCAUCAUCAUGCAAAUCAUCAUCAAUUGUCAAAAUAUGAUAAAAAUGGAAAACAUUCAUCUUCAUCUUCCACCACAUCCACUUCAUCAUCUACUUCCGUUUCAUCAAACCAUCAUCAACAUAAUAAUAUUCAUGAUUCAUUAUCUGAUAAAUUUAAACGUUCAUCAAGACAACAACAACAACAACAACAAUUAGCCAAUGAAUUGAACGAAAAUGAAUCGACAAUGAUGAUUAAAUCAGCCAAAUUGAAUAAUAAUAAAAAUGAUAUGAUAAAUAGAUCAUCGACCAAAGAAAAGAAUCAAAUUCAAGUAUCAUAUGAUAAUCUUAAUAAAUUGGAUAAUCUUAUGAUGGCAGCUGCAGCUGUUGGUGGUUGUGUAUCACCAUUCAAUGAAUUUUCAUCAAAAAAAUCAUCAAAAUCUAAUAAUGAUCUUCACCUUCAUCAUCAUCAUGAUGGUGGUCAAUUUUUACCACCACCACCUCCCACCAUAGGUGUUUCUGUAUCAGCUGCAACUCCUACUUCACAACCACCACUACCACCACCACCGGCUACAGCAGCAGCCGUUGCUAAUUCAUUAUUAUCAUCAUUACCAUCAUUGGCAAAUUUUUCACCAUUAUUAAAUCCGGCUACAUUAUUGGCUGCAACAACUGAUCCCAGUAAAUUUCCGGGAGCACUUUCAGCCGCUGAUUAUUGUAAAAUUGAUCUCAACAAUCCAAAUGCUGCGGCGGCUGCAGCAGCUGCCGCAGCAGCAGCCGCUGCCGCUUUCAAUAAAAAUUUGGAUUUUAGUUCCUUUACAGCCACGACAACAACAUCAGCUGGAGCAACUGCUACCACUCCCAAUAACAACAGUAGUAACAUGAAUGUUAAUGUCGAUAAUAAUAAUCGAAACAAUAGUAAUGAUAAUAUCAAUCCAAAUACUGCAACCGGUGUCGAAACAAUAAUGAAUCUAAGCCAACCAAUUUCCGGUAGUGGUGGUAGUGGCAGCGGUAGUGGUGGCAAACGAAGUCAUGGCCGUAAUCAUGAUCGUCAUCAUCGUCAUCAUGAUAAGAAUAGUGGUAAACAAUCCGGUGGCGGUAAACAUUCACGUAAAUCAAAUCAUCCAACUAAACGACGAUGGGAUCCAUUAAUAUUAUCAUCAUUGACAACAAACCCGACAACCGGAAAAAAACGUGUUCAAUGUAGUGUUUGUCUAAAAACAUUUUGUGAUAAAGGUGCAUUGAAAAUACAUUUCAGUGCCGUACAUUUACGUGAAAUGCAUAAAUGUACUGUUGAUGGUUGUAAUAUGAUGUUCAGUUCAAGACGUAGUCGUAAUCGUCAUAGUGCCAAUCCAAAUCCAAAACUACAUACACCAAAUUUCCGUCGUAAAAUUAAUCCACAUGAUGGUCGUACGGCUAAUCCAUAUCCUGUAUUGCCACCACCACCAGGUGCAUUAUUCGGUAUACCCGGUAUGAAUGGUGGUGUUAUUACGAAUCUGGAAACCUUAAAUUCAACAUUCAAUGCUAGUACAUCAUCAGAUCAUUCACCAAAAACAUCAUCUGAUUAUGCAAUUGAUUUUAAUUCAAUGUCAUCACAUAGUUCAAGAGCAACACCUAAUGAAGAAAUUGUCGAUGAUGAUGAUGAUGAUGAUGAACCAUAUAGUGAUGGUGAUGAUGUUGGUCAAAGUGAUGAUGAUGAUGAUACUACAAUCACCACUGGAAGAGAUAUUGGUAUCCGUGUAGCCGAUAUGGAUGACGAUGAUGAUGAUGAUGAUGGUGAUGAUGAUGAUGAAGAUGAUAUUUGUAUUGAUCUCUCAUUUAAAGAAGAUACUCAUAACAAUAAUAAUAAUAAAAAUACGGGAAGAAAACGUAAAAAUUUUAAUCCAAUAAAAUUCUCAUUAAAUAAUAAUAAUAAUGAACAUUAUCAGUAUUUGUCCAGUGAUGAUGAUGAAAAUGAU